UCUAGGCUGGAGGUUAGGGAAGAAGCUGUCUUGAAAAAAUUGCUCUGUUCAUCGCUCCCGCUGCUUCUCCAAACCCGGUCCAGGAAGGCAAGAGACAUGGACAUAAAGAACUACAGCAGCAGCCACUCAGGCUUUCUCCUCCUGGGCCUCUCCUCCAACCCUCAGCUGCAGACACCCCUCUUUGUCAUCUUCCUCAUCAUGUACCUGAUCACUAUGGUGGGAAAUGUACUCAUCAUCCUGGCCAUUCACUCCGACUCCAGGCUCCAUACACCCAUGUACUUUUUUCUCAGCAACCUAUCCUUCACGGAUAUCUGCUUCACAACAGUCAUUGUGCCAAACAUGCUGGUGAAUUUGCUGUCAGAGGUAAAAUAUAUCUCCUAUGCGGGCUGCCUGGUCCAGAUGUACUUUUUCAUGGCCUUGGGGAACACAGACAGCUACCUGCUGGCCUCUAUGGCCAUAGACCGGCUGGUUGCCAUCUGUGACCCCUUCCAUUACGAUGUGGUAAUGAACCCACGGCGCUGCCUCCUCAUGUUGCUGGGUUCUUGCACCAUCUCCCACCUGCACUCCAUGCUCCGUGUGCUUCUCAUGUCCCGCCUCUCUUUCUGUGCUUCCCAUGUCAUCAAGCACUUUUUUUGUGAUACCCAGCCCGUGCUAAAGCUAUCCUGCUCUGACACAUCCUCCAGCCAGACUGUGAUCAUGACUGAGACACUGGCUGUCAUUGUGACCCCCUUCCUGUGCAUUCUCUUCUCCUACCUGCGAAUCAUUGUCACUGUGCUCAAAAUCCCCUCUGUAGCUGGGAAGUGGAAGGCCUUCUCUACCUGUGGCUCCCACCUCACUGUAGUAAUUUUGUUCUAUGGCAGCAUCAUCUAUGUCUACUUUAGGCCCCUGUCCAUGUACUCAGUGGUGAAGGACCGGGUAGCCACACUUACGUACACAGUGGUGACACCCAUGCUGAACCCUUUCAUCUACAGCCUGAGGAACAAAGACAUGCAGAGGGGUUUGAGGAAAUUAAGGGACACAAUUUGCUCAUAG